CAAAGCUCGCCUUACAGUGCGGCGCCGGGAAAGCGCAGCUGGGUCUCGGGUCCCGCCAGGUGGCCUCGUUUGUCACCUGCACGGCCGAGCGCGCGAGAGGCUACCUUGUUCCCUGAACCACAAGGCACCAGCAGUUCAGCACCGCCCAGCUAUCUGGGUUUGCCUGUGUUUGUUCCCAGCCACUGCUCAUGUAAUGCACUCCCUGAACCAGGAGAUCAGAGCGUUCUCCCGGAGUAACCUCAGGAAGCAAUGCACCAGGGUGACCACGCUGAGUGGAAGGAAAAUCCUGGAGACGUGGAAAGAGGCCGGCAUGCAUGUGGUGGAAGAAGUAGAGCCGAGCGGCGGGGGUGGCUGUGGUUAUGUGCAGGACCUUAGCGCAGACCUGCAGGUUGGCGUGGUCAAGCCUUGGUUGCUCCUGGGGUCACAAGAUGCCGCUCAUGAUCUGGAUGUACUGAAAAAGCACAAGGUGACUCACAUUCUCAGUGUUGCUUAUGGAGUUGAAAAUGCUUUCCCCAACGAGUUUACAUAUAAGAGUAUUUCUAUAUUGGAUCUGCCCGAGACCAGUAUCCUGUCUUACUUUCCAGAAUGUUUUGAAUUUAUUGAACAAGCAAAAAUGAAGGGUGGUGUGGUUCUUGUUCAUUGUAAUGCAGGAGUUUCCAGGGCUCCUGCAAUUGUAAUAGGCUUCCUGAUGAAUUCAGAAGAAAUCUCAUUUAGCAGUGCUUUUACUUUGGUGAAAAAUGCAAGGCCUUCCAUAUGUCCAAAUUCUGGCUUCAUGGAACAGCUUCGUACAUAUCAAGAGCUCAAAGAAAGCAAUAAGUGGGACAAACUACCGGAAUUGGAAAAGGACAAUUCACAAGCUGCAGAGGAUGGACAAAUGUCAUUUUGAAUUGGUCUCUGUAGCUGUCUUUCCUGUUUUUAAUUCCUUUUCUUUUGUUUUUCACCAGUGAAAAUGGAGGUCAAUUUGAUUGUUCUGAACUAGUAUAUUAAAUAAAUCUUUAAAUUAUAUGACUUUUUCUUUGUUGUUAUAAUGUUUGUUUCUUUGAGUUGCUAAGGAAAAAGAACAAUGUAUUACUGAUUGUUGAUUUCUGUAGAAGAAAAAGGUUUACAUUUAAAAUCUAUGGAAAGACUAAAUCAGUGAAGUGUCUUAAGUAUUUUUCUUUCAGUACUUCUCUAUUCCAGCGUGUUUUCACACAGGAAAAAACUUGAAGUACUAUUUGAUGUACUAUUUCAGAGAGAGGUAACUUUUUUUUGUAAAGAAUAUAUUUAAAAUUAAAAUGGAUACCUUCAAACUCCCAAAUGAGCACCAGCAUCUAAAGGUUUAUAUAAUAUUUACAUAAUGGUAACAGUAUUCACAAAAAUUUUUAAUCCGCUUAUGAAAACAUGCCUACUUUCCAUUAUUAAAGAUUUAAUUCUAUUGCCUGCAUUUGUUUUUAUUUUAAAAAUAUUUGUAUACAUGCUCUUUCUUACAUUAUUAUGAGCUUCUUGUUCUUUAAUAAGGUGUUAUUUUUCUUCUCUUACAUGUUGUAUUUUUUAUGUUGGAUGCCUAGUAUUCUGUCAUAAUUUUUUGGUCCCUUUGGAUCUGUGGGAAAAUGUUUUAUUCUGAAAGGUCAUUUCCUAGAUGUAAUUUGUUCAGUGACCUGUUUUAUAGUUCAGCAUUUCACUGGGCAACAUAUUUUUAAGGCAAGAAAACUUAUAGUUUUGAAAUAAACUUUAAAUACAUUCUUGG